AUGACGAACUCUAUGGAUGGUGUUGAGUUGUCCAACGAGCCUCAGGGACUAGGUAAUGCGCAGGAGACGGAAAACAGCCUGGGCGCGGGUUCCAAGUUUCAGAGGCUGGGGAUUCAGUGUAUUUCUCCUGGGUUGUGUAGUGAGAAUAUGGACAACAAGAUGCUGACCACGAUUAGGAUUUCUAAGACGAUUGCCAGGGAGCAACGGCAGCAUAUAGAGAAGCUUGGUGGUGCAUCUAAUCCAAUCGCGACAGCGGACUCUGGUAGUACGUCAUCUGGCAACGGUGUCUCCUCUCCUGGUUCAGAAACGUCGCUUGCUGGUAGUCAGUCCAGUUUACAAGAUACACUUGCGAAACCUCGAGGCAAAUCAUUAAAACGCAGCAAGGUACCAUCCCCCUUGAAUAUUGGCACUGCUAAUAAUGUCGCAAGAGGACAACACGUCAACUUUCAUCCUACAGGUGUCGAGUCCGCACCCGCGAACAUGACAAACUAUCGGCAGGCCAAUCAUCACCAACGUAACCGGGUACUAAAGCCAAGGGUCCAAUACAUAGGCAAAAACUCCUCGAGGCAGCAAUAUUCUCGCAGAGGGUUCCCUGUUCCGAUGGGAUACCCUUCGGUGUUGCCAGUUUAUUCUUGCGGGCCCCAGUAUCAAUCCUCCUUGGGACAUUCGCAGUCGUUGCUUCAUCCUUGCAUGCCCAUGCUUCACCCUUUAACUGCUUAUCCAAGACUCAAUGUGCCGCAGCCUCAACAACAACAGAUGUCUUCCCAGACUAUACCCUCGCAGCAGGGUCUAUCUUAUAAGACGCGAACAGGCUCUGAUAAUACGAGUAAGAUUCAGGUCGAUUUUGAAAACUUCAUGGAGGGAAAUAAACAAAAUCUGGUGGCUACUCGCGAUUUUUUUGCAAAUAAUACCUCUAAAUGGGCUCCCUUAAAGGCACAACCUCUUAGUGCUCAGGAAAACUUCUUUUUCGGGAGACAUUCACACAACAAGAGCUCCUCAGAUCGCAGCGAUAAUGACGAUGCUGCCGACAGAUCUAAAGACAACUUUAUAGACCAAAGUACUGCGUCAUCAGCUACAGCUACCGGAUCAGAUUCUUGUGCCCCAGAGAAUAGUAAUACCAGUGAAUGCCAGGCAAUGUCGAACUCUAUGCCCAUCCCACCCAGAGUUACCUCCGCGUCAUUAAAUCCACUUCCAGGAUUCGCCUCCAAUCUGCCCACCUGUGAACGUAUCAGAGGAGAAAUCACUAUCCUGGAGGAUACAUUUGCAUUCGAGUUCUCUACUACUAAGGACAAGAUAGACAAGAGAAUGUUCAUGAGCAUUUGUGAUAAAGUCUGGGACGAAUCAAAAAAACUCAAUUCUAGUUAG